GCCAUGGACGGCGACGCCAUCCCCCCAUCGUCACCACCGCUUAUGGGCAGCAUCAGCCCGCAGAGCCCGCCAUUCUUCGAGCCCGACCACGUCGCCUUCGCCUCCAAGUCGAGCUCGCCGCCCCCGCUCUUCUCCAGCGACGACUCGCGCGAGUCUGUCGACAUCACCAACUAUGAGUCGCCGCGCAUCCACAAGAACAAACGCAAGGGCGCGUGGUGGGACCGCCACGAGUCGGCCCACAACAGCCCAGAAGUCAAGAAGCCAAAAUUCUCGCGCAACCUCGACCGCAACUUUGACUCGGGCGUCUACAUGCUCAGCGACGCGACCGACAGCUUCGAGGACCUCCCCGCGCCCCACAAGUCGCCGUUUCCCGACGAAGCCGACGACGCAGAUGACGCCAUGUGCUCCGACUCCAGUGACGACCAACAGAUGAAAUUGGACGUGCCCCGCUACCACUCAGUCGCCGCCGCCCGUGCCAUGCCCACCAUCAUCUCGAGUCCCGCCCAGCGCGCAUUCAACCGCCAGAUUGACGAGGGUCUGGACAGGAACCAGGAAGUGUAUGAUUUCGAAGGGCAGAGGCUUCAAGACGCCGACAUCUCUCGCAUUGGCGAGCUCAAGAAUGUCAUCAGGGACCCACUGAUCAACGACAGCGAACGUCCCACCGAACAGCAGUUCCGCUCGUUCGAGCCUGAGAUCCGCAUCACUCUCAACAAGAACAGCCUUCGUCGCCUCGUUCCCUCCCUCUUCACCAUCACCGACCUCACCAGCCUCUCCCUGCGCGAGAAUGAAAUUGAAGAGCUCCCGCAAGAGAUCCGCCAGCUUGUGAGGCUAGAAGCAUUGUACCUUUCACACAACAAGCUCAAGUACCUCCCUUUUGACAUAAUUAACCUCCUCCAACCGCACGGCAAGCUAAGGGUCCUCACCACCAUGGGCACUGAGAUUCUAGAGCCAAUGACAGGCCAGCGCUUCCUCAAGACGGAUUAUAUGCAGAAGCCGCAGGCCAGCCAACACAACCCACAUACUCGUACCCUCGACAUUGAACGCGCUGACGCAAUCGCCCAACUUGCGCACCUCUACCAGUCGCUCGCAACAUGCCAAGAUCGCGACCAAACUGUCUGGCGCAUUCGGUACUUUGAGUCCUGGGCCAACUCGUUCGGUGGCGCAGACGAGGCGCAAAUGUGCGGGACUGAAAAAGACGAGGGCUUCUACCCACAUCACCCUGCCCUCUACAUCAAGGACCUGCACCGAGAAGAAUCCAUGACUCGCGCGCCUCGCUACAUGGCCCGGACCCUCGUCUCAUACUAUGAUCAGACAGGCACUCUGCUCCCCGGUUCGCCCUCUCUCCCAUGCUCGGACACCGAAAAGUACCCCGUCAUCGUCGAGACAAAUCGCGGCACUUAUGGCGUCCCGUCCUCGUCUUGGUUCGUCCCGCCGGCAUCCUCCAAAGUCUCUUCACUCGUCACAACAACCUUGACGAGUUCGCUUUGCAUGGAUACGGUGCAAGACGUCCGCCGCAUGAUCAGCGACAAUGGCGAAUACUCGAUCCCGCGCGACGCCGAACUGAUUCUCGACAGGGCGGAAAGGAACGCUGCUGGCGGCUAUGGCGUGUUCCGUGAGUGUCACGUGUGCCGCAAGAAGUACGUCGUGGCGCGCGCAGAGUGGAUCGAGUUCUGGAGCGCUGGCCUGGCCGUCUUCCAUCCGCUCAAAGUCAGCGUGUGCUCGUGGGGCUGUGUCCCGCGCCCCGUGAUGCAGCAGCCGCGGAAGCACUUGACGUGGUGAAAACCAGGACAAACGGGCUUGAGAUCAGACACAUUGUGGGGA